CAGGCCCUGUUCCUCUUCCUCCGCCCUCAUUGCCUGUCUCCGCUGCCACCGCCGGUUGCCGCCGUAUCGGCCGUCACCGCCCCUCCCGGCAGGCCUCGUCUCUAUCCUCACACUUUGAUUGCUGGUGUGAAUUUUAAUCAAUGGCAAAUAGCAAAUAUGAGUAUGUGAAGAAGUUUGAAAUUGAUGACAAGCUGCCACCUCAUAAUUGGAUUGUUGUGAGAAUUGAUGGAUGUCAUUUUCAUCGAUUCUCCGCAGACCAUGCAUUUGAGAAGCCCAAUGAUGAAAGAGCUCUCAAUUUAAUGAAUAGUUGUGCAGUCUCUAUGCUAGAGCACUUUCCAGAUAUUGUUUUUGCGUAUGGCGUUAGUGAUGAGUACAGCUUCAUCUUCAAAGAGUCAACUCAAUUCUACGAAAGGCGAGCAAGUAAAUUAGUUCCGCUCAGUGUGUCAUAUUUCACCUCAGUCUAUGUAAUGAAGUGGAACGAAUUCUUUCCUGAUAAAGAGAUGAAGCAACCACCAUAUUUUGAUGGCCGAGUUAUAUGCUAUCCAAGAGCAAAAAUAGUCCUAGAUUAUCUAGCAUGGAGGCAAGUAGACUGCCACAUCAACAAUCAAUACAAUACCUGCUUUUGGUUGUUAGUAAAGUCAGGAAAAACUGAACAAGAAGCACAAGAGUCACUAAAGGGUACUGUGUCAAAAGAUAAGAAUGAGCUUCUUUUUCAGCAAUUCGGUGUAAACUAUGAUAAGCUUCCAGCCAUAUUCAGGAAAGGAUCUUGUGUAUACAUCGAGAAGCUCGAAGAGACGGUAAAAUUAGACGACGGUGGAAAUCCGGUCAAGAGGUUACGAAAGAAGGUGACGGUCGGACAUUUCGACAUUAUCGGCCUGAAGUUUUGGAAUGAACAUCCAUAUAUCCUUGAAGAAGAAAAAUAACAAAUGGUUGCUAAGUAGUUCUUUUAAAUUUUAUCUGAAUUAAUAUGUGGACUAGGUUAAUUUUAUGUUUCAGUUGAUUUAAUUGAGAAUUUGGUAUAAAUUAUCAGACAUAAUAUGAUGAUUUUUGUUUCCAUUAGUUA